AGGUACCGAUGCAGAUUGAAUUAGAUCAUUUUGCCCCUCAAAAUACCUGUAACUUUUUUUUUUGGGGUCAUUUUACACUCCCCUGUAUUGAUAUGAUCACUGCAGUAUCGGUCAAGUACAUGUAUCAAUCACGGCCGAUAUACCUAAAAUCGGGGGUUGAAUGUCAUCAAGUCUAGGUGUUUGGUAUCAUUUCCCCCUAAUCAAGCAGCUACUAACGUAGGAGGAUUGAAUUUUUAAUUUUAUUGAAUGAUACGAUAUCGACAACCCACCUUCUGGAAGAUCUCGAACACAAACUUGAUUGAUCCCUAAGGAAACUCUGAAGAUUACCCUUUAGAUCUCCUAACAAUCACAAUUAUUUCUCCUGGCUUUGUUACCUCCAAGCAACCGGGGACCUCCAAUUCUGUAAGCUCAUUUGACAAUGGGCAGCGAGUGCAGUCAGAGUAAAAGGCUCUAUGACAUUAGCAUGUCCAAGAGAACUAGGAAGCCCAUAAAGCUGAAGGAUACUGAUCCAAAGGAUACAAAAAGGAGUUCUCCCAUAGGAGUUGAUGAGAAUGAAGAUGCCACCAAUCCUAGAAGCCUGAAGGAACCCAUGAAGCCUAUUGAAGGAGCCAAUGGACAAAGGAUAGUGAUGGGUACUCCCCAAAGUGAUGAUCUUUCUACAGGCAGCAGUGAGGAUGUCAGUCCUGAUCCAAAGGACACAAGGAAUUCUUCUUCUUCCAAAGGAGUUGAUGAGAAGGAAGAUGCCACCAAUCCUAGAAGCUUUAAGGAACCCAUGAAGCCUGAUGAAGGAGCUGAUGGACAGUGCAUAGUGUUGGGUCCUGAUCCAAAGGACACAAGGAGUUCUUCUUCUUCCAAAGGAGUUGAUGAGAAGGAAGAUGCUACCAAUCCUAGAAGCUGGAAGGAACCCAUGAAGCCUAUUGAAGGAACUGGUGGACAAAGUAUUUUGAUGGGUUCUCCCCAAAGUGAAAAUUCUUCUACAGGCAGUGGUGAGGAUUUCAGUCUUGAUCCAAAGGACACAAGGAGUUCUUCUUCCAAAGGAGUUGAUGAGAAUGAAGAUACCACCAAUCCUAGAAGCUUGGAGGAACUUAUGAAGCCUAUUGAAGGAACUGAUGGACAGGGGAUAGUGUUGGGUUCUCCCCAAAGUGAGAACCCUUCUACAGGCAGUAAUGAGGAUGUCAGUGAUCAUAGAAGCUUGAAGCUGAAGGAACUGAUGAUCAAUGUUGAGGGAGAUCAGAAGAAUGGUAACAAUUCUCUUGGCCACCAUUUCAUAGAAGAAGAGAAACAGCUUCAGUUGGUGACCAAACAGCAGGGAGAGCGCGCCGGAGGAGUCAAGAUGAGAGGGAUUGUAAGUCGAUAUGUCAAAGUCUUAAGCCAUUUGAUCAGGGUUAAGGGCGACAAGCGUUUGGGUUCCCAGAAAAAACGCGUUCUCCGAUUAACAAUGUAGGAUUUAAUCAUCUUUGGAUCUUCAUUCUUCACUGGGUUUGUACACAUUUUUAUUGUUAUUACUAUUAUUUUUUCAACAAUAGAGGUCUUGUAUUUGAUCAAGAACUUUAUUAUGUAUAUAUUGCUUAAUAAUUCAGUCAGAGAUCUGAGAAGGGAAGGAAGAAUCUUAUCUUCAUGUGGUUAUUAUAUCUGAGACUAAUAUUUUGUAUAAGCAUAUAAACUCAUCAAAAUGGUAUUUAUGUCUAAA